UAUAUGGGACUUUCGGGUAAUGUUUCUAAAUGUAGUGCUCAAUCCUGCUCUCGACCAUUGAAGUGCAAGUAAAUCGAGUGAAUUCGAAUGUCAUAUACAGUCCAGUAGUUGUCAGUACGUGUUACUGCUCAUGGUCUUCGUCAAAUUCUGUAUUAAAUACUUUAUUCGAUUUUAACUGGGGCAGAACCCACAGAAAUGGCCAUGCAGCCGCUCAAGAAACGGGUCUGCUACUACUAUGACAGUGAUAUCGGAAAUUAUUAUUAUGGCCAAGGACACCCUAUGAAACCACAUCGUAUAAGAAUGACGCACAAUCUACUCUUGAACUAUGGCCUUUAUAGGAAGAUGGAGAUAUAUCGCCCUCAUAAAGCUACAGCAGAAGAAAUGACAAAAUUUCAUAGCGAUGACUAUAUCAGAUUUCUGAGAUCAAUACGACCAGAUAACAUGGCAGAAUACAAUAAACAAAUGCAUCGAUUUAACGUAGGAGAAGAUUGCCCUGUUUUUGAUGGCUUAUAUGAAUUUUGUCAAUUAUCGGCUGGUGGAUCUGUAGCUGCUGCUGUAAAACUUAACAAGCAAGCUUCAGAAAUCUGCAUCAAUUGGGGCGGUGGUUUACACCAUGCAAAAAAGAGUGAAGCUUCUGGUUUUUGCUAUGUGAAUGACAUUGUACUUGGUAUUUUGGAAUUAUUAAAAUAUCAUCAGAGAGUUUUGUAUAUUGACAUUGAUGUACAUCAUGGUGAUGGUGUAGAGGAAGCUUUUUAUACAACAGAUAGAGUAAUGACGGUCUCAUUUCAUAAAUACGGAGAAUAUUUUCCUGGAACAGGAGAUCUUCGUGAUAUCGGAGCAGGAAAGGGAAAAUAUUAUGCAGUUAAUAUACCUUUAAGAGAUGGUAUGGAUGAUGAGAGCUAUGAUUCAAUCUUUGUCCCUAUUAUCUCAAAAGUAAUGGAAACAUUUCAGCCUUCUGCUGUUGUUUUACAGUGUGGUGCUGACUCAUUGACAGGUGAUCGAUUAGGAUGUUUUAAUCUAACUGUGAGAGGUCAUGGUAAAUGUGUUGAAUUUGUGAAAAAGUAUAAUUUGCCAUUUUUGAUGGUCGGAGGUGGUGGUUAUACUAUCAGAAAUGUAUCUAGAUGUUGGACGUAUGAAACAUCGGUAGCUCUUAGCUGUGAAAUUGCUAAUGAAUUACCAUACAAUGAUUAUUUUGAAUAUUUUGGCCCGGAUUUUAAGUUACAUAUUAGUCCUUCAAAUAUGACGAAUCAAAAUACUCCCGAAUACUUGGAGAAAAUAAAGACAAGACUGUUUGAAAAUUUGAGAAUGUUACCUCAUGCACCUGGCGUACAAGUUCAGGCAAUACCAGAGGAUGGUGCUAUUAUUGAAGAUUCAGAAAUUGAAGAAAAAUUGAAUCUUGAUGAAAGACUGUCUCAACGUGAUUUAGACAAAAGGAUACAACAUGAAAACGAAUAUAGCGACAGUGAAGAAGAAGGUGAAGGUGGACGAAGAGAUAAUAGAUCAUACAAGGGAUCUAGAAAGCGAUUACGUUUAGAAAAAAAUCAAGAAAUGGACAUUCGUAUUAUGAAUAUUAAUAUGAAGAAAGAAGAUGAUAUAAAAUCAGAAUUGAAGGAAAAUGAAAAAGACGAGAAAGCAAAUUUUAUGAAUGAAGAAAUAAAGAAAGACAGUGGAGCUAAUCUCUGAUAAGCAGAUGCUUCAGAUUCGCAUAUCUGCACAGUACAAAAGUUAAGUUAAAAAAUAAUUAUGGGUAAAUUUAGGUUAUUUAAAUGAAGGAAUAAGAAAUAGGUUUUUUAAUAAAAUUGCUGUCAUUCUGCAUACGGAAAUCUCUUUAGAGACAGUGUUGAGUGUAUAAGUGUUGUGUAUGUGUGUAUGUAUGUACGUGUGCAUAUGCAAUCUGCUUACAUUUAGGAAAAGAUAAGACAUGUAAGAAUUCAAAUAUAUAAAGAAAUAUGGUGUAUAGCAGUGAGACGAGGACUUCCACGAUUAUUACGAGAGUUUAGAGAAAACACCGAUCGAUUCAAAAGAUGCAAUCAUGAACGUAUGGAUUUUGUAUAUUACGAUAUUUGUACUUUUGUAUUUAACGAGAUAAAUAAAAUUGCGUGUAUUAAAGUACGCAGUUAAAAUAAAAAUUGUCUUAUAUUAAGAUAAAAAUAAAUACAAAAUCCCAUAUGUUUAUUAGCAAAUUUCUGUUUAAUAAACACACAUUGAUUCUAUUUGAAUAUUGUAAAGACUUAUAAAUAAUGAUCUCGAAAUUAAAAUAAUAUAAGUAUUUAACUUUUUGCAUUCUAUUAGCUAUAGCGACAUACAUAAUACGUACAUAAAAUUCUCAGAAUGUAAAUCGUUAACUGAUAAAACAUUUGAUAAAUUAUAAAAAUGCGAUAAUA